AUGGCGAAAAGCAACGUAGCUCCGCUCACAAUUGCCAAUCUGGCGAUGUUGGAAAGACAGCUCAACAAUAACAAGGUUGUAAAGAGGCGAGCCUCGCGUAAAACGAUGUCAAGACAAAGCGCGAUGACGUCAGAAGUUGAUAUGGAUGAUGAUGACGAUGAUGACGUCAGAUCAAGAAGAACAUCGACCAGACAAGGCCGAGAUAGUUGUAAGAUACUGUAGAUUUCUGUUAUUAAAACGGGUUUAUUUAUGGGACCGCAGCUACCUCGUAUCACUAAGUUAGACAUGCUACAGUAGUAGGUUGAGGGUCGGGCAUUACUUCCAGAUGAUCUGACAGCGAGCAAAAGGACUGGGACUGGCAACAAAAUAGAAAUCCAGUUUCAUACCUUCAAUCACUUGUCACGCCCUGAUUCUUUUGUGAAACUGUUUGAAACUUUGUGUCUGUGUCUUGCACAGUGAAAUGAAUAUCUGGGCAAAUUUGAGAUAGAAAUCUAACACCGUUAAUGAGAUAUUGAGUAAUUUUAAACCAGAAAUGGAUUUCUAUUUUACAAGUAGUGCCAGGCCUUUUCCGAGUUCCGAGAUCACCUGGUUAGCUUGGGUAACGUGCCUAGUGUGCUUGAAAACGGAUGUGUAAGUAGGAUUUGGUUCCUAUCCUGUACUUCCAUGUCCUCCAGUUCCUCCGUCACUGAAUCUAUCCCUUCAGUUGUGGAGUGCUUGUAUCAUGAGUAGCGGGUUAAACACACCCUUUCUAACCGACAUCAAUUAAAUUGCUCACCAUCAUUACUGUUUCAACCAGUAUGAAAAGAAAAAGUUUUCAAAUAUAACAAAAAUUUAUAGAAUGGUUUCAUGAGUUUGUUAUAACCACUCAUCCAUGCCAACAUCUUGUUUUUCAGCGAAGCCACGAGAGGACGAACCAAGACGCUCAAGUAACCGCGAUACAAAAGAACGACCCAAAGAAAGUGACAGUACUUCGAAACCAAGUGAAAACCAAAGCACUGGCUCGAAACUUGUUGACAAAGACAAAAUAACAUCGGAACCGAAAGGAAACACUGCUAAACCAAGUGAUACCAACAAACCCACUCAAAAGAACGAUCGUAGCUCGAAACCAACUGAUGAGAAUCAAUCGUCGUCAAAGCCCAGCGAUUCAAAACCUGUUGACAAAGACAAAACAGCGUCACAACCCAAAGAUACUCGCGAGUCCUCAAGACAAAAAGAAUCUGAUCCUACAAAAUCUCGACCAAAUGUUAAAGAAUCAAGUGGGAAGGAUCAGACUCCUUUCAAGUCAAAUGAGAAAGACAGUCGUAGCUCCAGACCCAGUGAUAAGAGUAGUUCUUCAAAACCACCAGAAAAGGAUAGUGGAACUUCAAGGCCUAAGGAAUCGGAUCAGUCGAAGUCACGAGCAAAUAUCAAAGAUUCAAGUGGGAAGGAUCAGACUCCUUCCAAGCCAAAUGAGAAAGACAGUCGUAGCUCCAGACCCAGUGAUAAGAGCAGUUCUUCAAAACCACCGGAAAAGGAUAGCGGAACUUCAAGGCCUAAGGAAUCGGAUCAGUCGAAGUCACGAGCAAAUGUCAAAGAUUCAAGUGGUAAAGAUCAGACUCCUUCCAAGUCAAAUGAGAAAGACAGUCGAAGCUCCAGACCCAGUGAUAACAGCAGUUCUUCAAAACCACCAGAAAAGGAAAGUGGAAAUUCACGAUCAAAAGAAAAGGAUCCUCAAAGUUCACAACCAACUGACAAGGGUAAUCCAUCUACAAAACCACCGGAAAAAGACAGUGGAACUUCAAAGGCUAAAGAGUCUGACCAAUCAAAGCCGCGGCCAAGUGAAAAGGAAUCGAGUAGAAAAGAACAAACCCCUUCCAGAUCAAAUGAAAAAGACAGUCGAAACUCCAGACCAAACGAUAAAAACAGUUCUUCUAGACCACCAGAAAAAGAUAGUGGAACAUCAAAACCUCAACCAAGUGAUAAAGAGUCGAGUGGCAAAGAUCUGACUCCGGCCAAAUCAAAUGAGAAAGAUCGUAGUUCGAAGCCCAGCGAUAAAAGCGGUUCUUCUUCAAAACCAGCAGAAAAAGAUGCCCAAACCACAAAGCCCAAAGAAUCCGAUCGCUCUAAACCUCAACCAAAUGAUAAAGAGUCAAAUGGAAAAGAACAGACUCCUGCCAGAUCAAAUGAAAAGGAUCGUAGCUCGAGGCCUAGUGAUAAGAGCAGUUCUUCAAAGCCAGGUGAAAAGGAUCCGCGAGGCUCACAACCAAACGACAAGAGCAGUCCGUCCUCCAAACCACCAGAAAAAGAUACUGAAUCUUCAAAACCUAAAGAUUCUGAUCGUUCAAAGGAAAACGAUCGUAAAUCCAGCGAUAAACGCAGUUCUUCUCCUAAGCAGCCAGAACAUGAAACUUCAAAGCCAAGAGAGACUAAUCAAUCGAAAUCUAGACCAAAUGACAAAGAUCCUAAUGGAAAAGAUCAAACUCCAUCCAAGUCAAAUGAAAAAGAUUCCAAACCAAGUGAAAAGAGUAGUUCUACUUCACCAGAAAAGAUCGGUGGAACUACAAAACCAAAGGAAUCAGAUCAAUCGAAAUCGACACCAAGUGACAAAGAAUCAAGUGGAAAAGACCAGACUAGUUCUAGAUCAAAUGAGAAAGAUCGUCGAUCUAGUGAUAAGAGUAGCUCUUCAAAAUCGCCAGAAAAAGGUAGUUCAGAAACUAGAGAUUCAGAUCGUUCAAAUGAGAAAGAUGGUACGUCGAGACCUGAACAAUCUAAGUCUCGACCAAAGGAGUCGAAUGGAAAAGACCGGACUUCACCAAGAUCAAAUGAGAAGGAAAAGGGCAGUUCUGCUACAACACCAGAAAAAGAAAGUGGAACAUCAAAACCUAAAGAGUCCGAUCAAUCAAAAUCGCGACCAAAUGAGAAAGAAACAAAUGGAAAAGGAGGUCAGAGUCCCUCCAAGUCAAGUGAGGAAGAAGGUCGUACCUCGAAACCAAAGGAUCAACCGCCUUCCAAGUCUUUAGAGAACGAUUCAAAGCCUGCCGAAUCAAAGGAGUCGAAAGAAAGUGCUAAUGAGGACAAAUCUUUACCUAAAUCUAGUGAAAAACCGCAAUCUAGCGACGAUACUACGCCGACGUCAACUGAUAAGGAUCGGUCCGGAGAUAAACCAAGUGAAAAUCACGAGAAAGAUAAAGAAAACGAUCAACGUCCUUCGAAUUCUUCAAAGAAAGACGAAUCUGCACCGCGAGAAAAAGACACAUCAAAAGAAAACCCUGAGCUAGAUGAUCAAGGAAAAUCAAAUGAUGGCAAAAUCUCAAAACUAACCGAAGCAGGAGAAAAAUCAUCUUCACCAACGGACACGAGUAGCGACAAACCGAAAGAAAAUGAUAACAUUUCGCCUCCAUCAACAGAAAAAGAUAAACCCAUAUCUUCUGCAAAUGACAAGUCAAAAGAUAAAUCCAAUGAUGGUGCGUCUAGAGAAGAAACGAAAGAGGAAGAUAAAUUAAAAAGCAGCCCUUCCUCAGAUAAGGAACAGUCUAAGCAUAACCAAAGCCAGGAUGAAAACCUUCCGGCCCAAUCGAGUGACAAUGAGAGCUCUCCGACGAAACCAAAAGAAGAGGAAGUGCCAAAGGGGAAAGAAUCGCCUGAAGGUCAUCGCGAUGAUAAAUCUAAGCAACAAGAGAAUGCUGUACCAAAACCGAGUGAAAAGGAACCAUCACAUGCAAAAGAUACUCAAGAAAACGAGACGAAUGGUGGAAAGGCAACGUCAGUUGAUAAAAUCGGUUUUAUACCAGUGGAAAGUACUCCACUCAUACCGCCUAACGAGAACAAUAAUGAUACGUCGAAAUCUAAGGACUAUUUAUCACAAACAAAAAAUAACGAUGAUGAUAAAAGUACUCAUAAACCUGGAGAAAACAAUGAAGAAGCAUCCUCACCAAAGAAAGAUCAAACCUCGGCGAAGGAAACUGCUGGAAAUACGGCUAAACCGAAGCAAAAAGACGAAGGUAAAGCUCAGUCCAAUGAUAACAACGUAGAAACACCAAAAGAUGAAAGCAAGUCUACACCCACGUCAGAUAACAAAAAUGGCGAUGCCACCAAACCGAUUGAAGACAGUCAUUCCGGUCCGAAAUCUGAAGCGCAGCAAGCAACGACUAAUAAUGAUGAUAAAAGCGUACCAUAUGAAAAGAGCGACGCACCUCUUGAGCAAAGUGUAAAGGAAUCAUCCUCCCCGAAACAGAAUGAGGAAAGUCGAAGUGAUCCUAAGUCUACUGAUCCGAUUGUAGCUGAAAAGAAAGCAACUGAAGCAAGUCAACCAAACGAAACUGACGCAAAAUCAGAUGAAAAGAAAGAAGCGGAGACGAAACCAAGUAGUACAGCACAACCAACAAAUACUUCUAUCCAGGAGAUACAAUCUUCACCAAAACCGAAGGAUACUCAACAAGACAAACCUCAACCAAAUGGUACAGAGCAAUCCCCUUCUAAAUCGGAUGAUACGGAACCACCCAAGCCAAUUGAUAAGGAAGAAGCAAAAUUAUCCGCGAACGUGAAUGAUAGACCAGAUGAAAAACAAAACACCACAACCUCAGAUCAAUCGUCACCGAAACCCAGUAAUGAGAAUGGAUCCAAUGCUACACCAAGCGAUAAACCAAGUGCACAUGAUAACACACCAACAAAUACUAUAGUCGCAGCAACCGCGGCAGGUGCGGUCAUGGCUAAUGUAGAUCCGAACGAUUCAAAACCACAGGCUAACAAAGAAGGACAGCAGAACAAACAUGAUGACAAGGACAGUCCUAAACCUACUGAGGAGGGGAAAAAUAAACCAGUACCGAAUAAGAACGACGGGAAUGCGAAUAACACUGCGAACGAACGAGCUAAGGCUGGCGAAAAAGAAAAUCCAGCUUCCACGACAAGCGAUAGCCCUAAACCGAAUCAACCAAAUACAAAGGACAAUCCUACUCCAUCAGCAAGUACGAAUUCAAAGCCUUCUACACAAACUGAGCAGAAUAAUCAAAUGCAUAAUCCAUCAACUGUAAAACCAGAAAACGACACUAUUGUUUCAAAACCAAACGAAGCCAAUAAAUCAAAUUCUAAGCCAAACGAUGAGAAGGGUAAAGCCCAGGAAAAGUCGUCCACUACUCCUAGACAAGAUGUCAACCCUUCCAAACUACCCAAUAUACAGAAUGCUAAACCAAAUGCUAGUCCUACGUCUAAACCUAACGAAAACGACCCUUCCAAAACCAAGAAGCAUGAAGAAGACAAAUCUAAGUAUGACACAAACGACAACAAAACGACAAGAUCACCGUCCAAUAAAGCAUCAACAAACAGUCCAAGAAGCGAUCCUAAGAGCGGUAAUAAAUAUUCCCCUCGCGUGGAAACUGACCCUAAGGAUAAAAUAUCUCCCGCAAAUGAUCAAAGGUCUUCCAAUCCUGUCGGAAAAGAAACGGAUGCUAAAAAGGACCAACCUCGCGGUGAAGACACAAACCAAAGAAAAGCAGAUAGCAAAGAACGAAGUGAUCCUAAAGAAAGUCAGAAACCUAGCAAUGCAAGUAGGAAUGACAGUCGAGAGCAGAAAACACCAAGGGAACGGGAAAAGAAUUCUAGAGAUCAACCAGACCCUUCAAAACGUGAUGUGAGAAAUAGCCCUCAAGACGGGAAGAUGCAAUCUAAAUCAAGGAAGGGCGAAGGCGGCAAAGAAAACCCAAACUUGUUAAGUGUUGAUGAUGCAAAGCCUGGUAGACGAUCUCGAGGAAGGCCACAAGGCAAAGACAACCCAAACUCCAAAGAUAAUGAUGACAACAGGUAACCACAUAAAGUUUGUCAGUUCAAUAUCAGAUAAUGUCAGACAUUCAGGAUAGUUCCGCUCGCUGUUCUGGAAUUAAAUAAUUGAUUGCAGUCCCACUUAGCUUUGGCUAUAGAGCCUCGUUUUUGUUUUUGAGACAUUGACUUAUGUGGAUCCUUUAUCUUGGUAUUGACGACGCAUUUACAAAAAUAGUUUUAAUCAUACAGAUAUAAUAGGUCAUGUAAAAAGAGUUUUAUAAAAUUACGUUGCCAAUAACAUAGUAGUAAAAGGUUCUUUACAACCGAGGUCUUAAUCACGAAAUCGCUGCUGUAUAACCAAGGCAAAAUAUUUUCCGGAAGGGUGUAUUUACAUGUUUGAUAUUUUCUCCUCUAUAUUUAUCACGUGUUUGUUUCCAUAUUUAUUUCUUUUAGGUCAAAGUCUCGCACUCCGAUAAAAAUUCCUCAAGCGACCGACGACGAAAGUGCAAGGCAAGGGAAACGUAGCCGAGCCAGCAGAAAGAAUAGUGUGAGCGGCCGAAGUGCCACCGAAGGUGACUCGACGAGUGGUUGGGAUGAUGACGAUGAUGAUACCAUAUUUGGUAGUGUCGAUGAUGGCGACACUACGACUGAAACUGACUGGAGCGCGGCCAAAGAGCCUGGGGCAUCAAGAAGUACAAGUCGUAAUACUCAUUAUUCAAGUAGUGUGAACAGUCGUGUUAGUAGCAUCCUCACCCCCCGGACCAGUGUAAGCACACGCCAGUCGAAGAAUAACAGUUCAAAAGCUCCAAGUAGAGUGCUUCCGAGAGCUCCAUCGGGAUGAGUCGGAGAAACUCGUACUCCGAUCCGAGCGGCCGUGAAACACGGAAUCGCUCGACGACGUCUCGAGAUGGUUCGGUAGUUUCUAAUCGAAAUAAUUCGCGCUGGAGUAAACAUAGCGAGGGAGGGUAUAGUAUAUCAUCACGGCGUGGACAGAGCAGGAAGGCGUGGGCUGAGGACGAGCCCCCAGGGAGUCGCAAGACCAGUCGGGGGAAAGUGUCUCGUCAAAAUAGCGAGAAUAAACCUGGUACUCGAAGCCAAUUGCAAAGUCGAGAUUCAAGUCGGAGUCUUGCAAGCAAUCGGAAAUCCCGGCCAAGAUCCGAAGCACUGUCAAAGAAUGACCCAAGAAAACGACGAGAACCUCUUUCCAGGAAAAACUCUCAACUGGAGGAACCCAGCAAGAGAAAACGAAUUCCGAAGAAGAAAGAGCGACCUGUGCCAAAACGUUCUGGUACUCGGGGUAGUAGCAUCUCACGAGCGAGUACGAGAUCUAGAGGUGGUCGUAAGCAAGCGUGGGGUGCACAAGGUAGAGGUCUAGGCCCCCGGACGAACACUAGACCUGCGUUACGAAGAAACGACAGCUUUGCAAGUGUGAGUAGUGUCGCAAGUGUUUACUCUCGGCAACAGAAGAAAAUGAUGGAAAAUAUCUACAAGAUGGCUUUUGAUGCUGGGAUAGCCCGUGGGAUGUCCAUGUCUGGGAGCGAGCGGUCAAGGUCAAAUUCAAGAUCGAAGUCAAAGUCAAGGCGUGGUAGUGUGACGUCAUAUACGUCGGAGGACGAUGAUGAAGACUACCCAAGUGCCCCAGGAUCUCGGAGAUCGUCAAGAAGAAACAGCGGGACUGAUAGUGCUCAUCUUAGUUCAGUUCGUGAUUCUGAAAGUAAGUUCAGCGUGGAUUCGUGUGAAUUGCUAGUUAUAUUCAUUAAUUGGCUGGACCUCGUACUGUUUGUCUCGUCUAUAGAGUAUAUAUGCAACUUUUUUUAUUUUUAGUUGAGGACACAACUCCUCGUGGCGGUGUGAGACUGCCAAGAAUUGCGGACAAAAAAGAACAAAAGUAUCGGCCGUACGGUAAAUACAAAGAACCACCAGGUAGGUCUUCGCCUUGCUCCCUCUUGUGUGUUGAAUAAUGAAUUAGUUGAAUGCUGAAUGAGUGAAGUUGUUGAAUGAAUGAGCCAAUACACUAUAUCCUAGACAUCCUUGUCUCUCAUGUUACGGUUUAUUUUUCUCUUUUCACAAAAUCUCAUCCUCUCCCAACUUGUUCCUCGGCCUAAUCUAUCCAGCUUCUGCUGUGCUGCCUACUUAAUUUGAAAAUGCUCGUUCUUUAGUGCGAUUGGCUGAGUCUAACCUGAGCUUUAACCAAUCAGAGUUUCCCAAUCUUCCACCUGCUUUUCAAAUACAUUUCGAAGCUCCCAGUCCUUGGAAACCGCACCAAAGCAUUUCACAUCAUUCUAGAUUCAGUAUUAAUAAUUAAAACGUAAACAACCUGCAUUAUGCGUUUUUUUUUGUUAUUCUUUUAGCAUAGCAACUACCGUAUAUGUUUAUACGGACAUGUAUAACUAUAACCUAGCAAGCAUUUUAAUUUGUUCACUGUCAUUCAUUCAUUAUCGCCUCGUCAUUAUUGUACAGUAACUUUUGUGAACAUUAAUCAAAAUGGCGUCGUUUUAUACUGGAACAACAUUAAAACCUGGGACUGCUAAAAGCGGUAAAAUGUUUACUAGGCAUGACUUGCGUUUUGUGUAUUUUGAUUUAUAGUGUGUAGCUAUAUGUAAUUUAACUUUAAACUUUGAUCGACUGUAUGUUGGAAUGUCGAAAUAUGAUGCGCGUUAUCGCAUUCUGCAAAAUAUUUUUCACUGUUGUUCGGAAAAAACAAUGUUAUAUCUUUUAAAUUUAAUUCAAAUUAUUAAAUUUAAUUAAUAAAUUUAAUUCUAGUAUAUUAACAAUAAAGCAUGAUGAAGUAGAUAAAUAACCCAAGUUACGAUAUAGUUUUUAUACCUAACAAGAAACGGUUGCGAGAAAUACAACACUACUUCCUCUGGCAGGAAUGGAACCUACGGCCCUACAAUUCUGCUGCAAUGCUUUGCGUUACCGAAAUUGCACGUUCGAUUCCUACCAGAGAACCUAGUGUUGCAUUUUGAGAAAACUCAUCCAGCAAACUCGCUUGCCUCCUCUCAUCUUUAUUUGAGCAGAACUUAAAAGUUGCGUAUUCCUUCCUCUAGCUCGCAGAACACGUCUUCCGAAGGCGAAACAGGCAAGAAGAGAGCCUGCAGAUGGGAAAGCUGUCUCGCCAGAACUUGCUUCCGAUGCUGAAGAGGUAGAAAAAAGGAAACCAGCUCAAAGACGUAAGUUGUUAUGAGUUUGGAAUACAACGUUAUGAAGGAGUGAUUAUCAACAAUAGAAUUUACUCCGAGACAAAGGCGACUAUAAAUUGUAUUCUCUUGAGGAUUCCCGUACGCCGCAGUUGUUCAACCUGCUCCAUUAUUUGCAUCAUUUUCACGGCCAACAGUUAAAACGUUCAAAGUCGUGUGGGUGUUUUAUGUGAAUUCACUAAGGAAGAUAAGAGGAUUCAAUAAAGUGAUCAUACAUAAUAGGCCCUUCCAAGGUUAAGGACGCCGCAAAUUUACCUAUACUCGCUAUAAGGAAUUCCAUUGUGUUUGCACCCCUUCCACUAUUGUGUUUCCUUGGAAGUAUCUAUUAUAUUAUCCCUCACGAACAUAGAUAGUAAUGCGACCCUGACUAUAGCUUUAUCUCGGCUAAGUUUGGCAAGACAGGACAGUGUUUUACUGCGCCUUGGUUCGGCAUAGCUGGAUGUUUGCUCACGCUAAUCAUUUUAUUCUUCUUGAACAUGAAACAUGAUAGUCUAUUCUGACAAACUGAUAUUUCAAUUUUGCAUAAAUUUGGCGGCUAUUUUAACAGAUGAGGUUCUAAUGAUUUAGCUGACAGCUUUUAACAGGGUCAAAAGUUCAAAGUAAGAUUAUACUGUCACUCACUCCAGAAACCAAUAAUAAUUAUAUUGAAAUAUAAUGUGUCAUGAGAAAUUGCGAGUAAAACCAUGCAUAGAAUUUUUUAUUGUGGAAAAUUGCAUCAUAAACGUGUAUUCCACAGGCUUUAUGAGUUGCUAACAAAUAAAUAAUUUAGAAAUUGUUAUAAUUGAUAAAUUUAAUAAAGUUCUACUUAGCCUUGGAAUCAAUACUUCUAGGCAGAUUUAGUUGUGGACGAAUUACAAAAGGCCAUCAUGAUUGGUUGAAAGAAACAUGAAUAUGUAAAGUACAUAAGUCUGGUUACCUUAGUAACACCGACGCGGUUGCCAAGUGGUUAACCAAUCAGGAAAGAUGAUUAAAAUAACUUAUAAUAAUAAUGGCAACUAAUGUCAAACGAAGUCCAUGCUUGUGUGCUCUCAAACAAACACAAAACUAAAAUUAUUCAACUUUAUUCUGACAAGGAAUGUUAUCUUUGGCAAAUGACCACAGAUACUGGUCUGCCUUUCAAUGUAAGAAAACGCUGGGGAGUGAUAUAUUAUUUUCAAUACAUACAGCCCUAGUGUGUUGCCAGUGGGAUAUUUGGUUGUUAUGGUUAAAUGAAGUAAUUAGCGAUGUUAUUCAUUGUUAUUUUGGCGUUUUAUUGCAGCCGUUCGCGUUCACAAGGUCAAUCAUCCUUUGCCCAACUUGGAUAAUGCGACUCGUGAGAAGGGAUUGUAAGUAUAUAUGUUGAAUAUUUGUUUCGUCUAAGAAGAUUGAAAUAUUUUGAGAAUUCUAGGAAUUUGGUGAAAGAUAGUAUUGCUUGUUGUGCUCAAGGGGCAGAUAUUAUAGUGACCUAUACUCCUGUUUCUUUUAUUCAAGUACAACAUCGGGGUACCACUAAAAUCCUCGAAUCAUAUCGCAUUUUGUGUAGGGGCAGUAGUAAUGAAAUGAGUAUAUGCAUACAUUUCUGAGUAGACACUAGACUAGUAGACUCAAGAGACUGUAUCCAUUUCUGAGUAGACACACAAUCGAGCGUCUCGAUAACUGUGAAGAAAUAUACUUUCGAGUUUAUAAACAAGCUGUUGGAAAGUUCGCUUUGAAUUUUAGUUGGGCUAACCGGCUUUGGGACAACCGCUGCAGCUGCUGCAGUUAUGUUUCGAGCACUGCACCGCAGUUUUUUGAACAUCGCAGGUUUUUGAACGAUAUCUGCCGCACGUCCUUCUGGGAUUGUGGUUGUACGACUUGGUUACGACUGGUCAGAUAGCGCUAUCCACCGGACAUUGAUUUUUUUUUCAAUCUUUGUAAAAAAAACUGUAAAACAUGCGUGGACUCAUAUAUGCAUAAAUGAAUAAAUGCAUAAAAACUUUCAUUUUCCAAAACCGUAAUCGGGAUUAUACCAAUUAAUCAAUCAUUGGUCAAUUGAGAAAGUUUGAUUUAAAAAUUCCCCAUCUGGUUAAUUGCGCUAUCCGGCUUUCGUCUACAACCAGCCCUUGAGUUAAAUACGAAGGAAUCAAAACUUUCUUACCGCUUUAUGAAGCCAAAACAAUUCUUAUCAAAUAGAGCUGAAUUUAUUUUUUCCGUAUAAUUUAGACCACGCAUCAAUAGACUAGCGCAGCCAAAACAAUCAAGAAGUGUUGAAAUGACUACUUUUAGGUAAGCAUCAAAUUAUUGAUUUAAAUAUUAUGUAUGGAUAAAAAACGUAUUUUUAAAAAACGUUGCCUAAUCCUUUCAUGCCUGACAGUUUUCUCGAUAUGUAAAUGAACAGUCAAACUAACAGAUAUUCAUGUCAGUUUUUAUGAACCCUUUAGAUUGCAUUUUUAAUCGCGGUCGCACUCUUUUCCCAACCGUAUUUUUGCCUGCGCCAGAUGUUUUCAUACGCGUUCGCCGGCUGUGUCUGUUUGUGUGUGUGUGCUUGUCUGUCAGCAGGAUAGCUUAAAAUAUCAAAAGUAUUACAAAAAUUUGUGGGACUAAUGAACCUCUCUCCUCCGCAGUAAAUAGGUCAUGUUAAUAAAGCUCUUUAAAGCAAAGCAAAAAGCAAAGGACAUUGGAAUAGGCUUACAUGAAUCUUACAUGAAGUUUCGAUUGGGGAGAGGCGCGCUUACAUGAAGUUUCCUGGGGGGAGGGAGACGCGCGGGCAGCCGUCUUCCCGUCGCCCCCCGCGCGCGUUCCUCUCCCCAAUAUAAACUUCAUGUAAGAUUCAUGUAAGCUUAUUCCAAUCGCCUCUGCUGCGGAGACAGCUAAUGGACAUUGCCCAAUGACAAAUUGAUGGAAUUUUGGUUAAGGUUGGAUGAAAAUCUAGUGGGUGAGAAAUUAGUAAAGUUUCUCUUGCUUUAUUAGGCAGAGUUAGCUGAAUGAGCAAUGCUUAAUUAAUUUAUGCAUGAUAUAUAAGGUUAUUUGAAUAAUAAAUAAUAUAUAAAAUAAAAAAAUUCUGACCUUCCAACCCUAAUUUUUUGAAGCAGACAUUUUUUCUCAGACCAAUUAUAUAAAUCACGUUUCUUUGUGGUGCGUGACAACUACUCCCAGAAUACUUUGUAUUUGCUAUCCUUUUUGCGGCAUAUUCCGGCAGUCGCGCGUCACAGUGCAUAAGGGAAAAAUGUCGCAGGCUAAAUUCGUUAAUUAAGGACGAAUCUGGGGUGACUAACUUGGUCAAAUACAACACCUGUAUGUUGUACAACAAGCAAUUUGGACCUAGUUAGACAAUCGCCAGUUUUAGCAUCCUCUUUUGCGACGCACAACCAUUUCCAUGUUUUGUAGCUUUCCAGGACAUGAGUAUGAAUUUUAAUCCGUGAUGCUCUCAUGGCAACCAAACACCUUACAUGGCCUUUUUUCUACAGCUUCCCGGCGUAGACUGGGCCCGGCUGUCUAGUGAGGUCGCGUGGUUGGUCAGUAUAUGGAGAGUGUUGUAUUCAUGUCCAAUAUAACCAUUGGCAUGCCGAUUAUCCAAUGCUAUACUGGACAUAUCUCAGUGUGGUAGAUUUUCGCAUAAAGAAUGGUGUAGAGUUGCCAGCAAAAUGUUGAAAUUAUCAAAGAUUGGAAUAAAUUGUGUCUUCUUGUACUUCUGCUACAGAACAACAAAUGAUUAAGUCCGCUGCUGGACGGCUGCGAUUCACCACUGAUAGAUUUACGAACGGUAUUCAAGUUCCACAUAAAUUCACAUAUAACCUCCUACCAUAUAAUUACAUGUAUCCUCCUACCAAAGCUUACCUCGUGUGGUAAAACCACGACGUUUUGCGUCGUUCGGAUCCUAUAAAGUACGAAAUCACUGACAAUGUAUAUCCAUGUAAACAUAUCGCGGGCUCGAAAACUUCAACUGUUAGGAUUCGUUUCAGAGUCAGUGUGUAUUAUCAUAUUGGAUAAAUAUCGUAAAUUAAUGGUGAAUGACUUUAAUGAAUAUAAAUGAUAAAGAAAUUAUUUUAAAUUUCAAAUUAUUAAUUUCUAAGUACAGUAUAUAUACGUAUUAGAAAUAAUUUAGGUGUACAUCCUUGCAUGGGACUUCGUUGUUGCACCUGCCUUAGGGAAAAUUAUUUUAAAUAAAAAAGUUAGCAAGAUAUAUACUUGCGAUAUUAAUUAAAAGUUCUAUAAGUUUUGUAAAGUUUUAUUUAAAUGAAAGUUUUGUUGUUAAAUGUAUAAUGUGAGAUCCAGCAGCUGCAAAAAAUGCAAAUCUAGGCCCUCCAGCAGGGCUCGAACUUGCGUGCGCCUCUGCGAUUCCGGUGCGGAAUUCUAUUUUAACUGACGGUGCUUCUCGCAACAUCUUCAGAGUAAUAUGAAACUAGUAUUUUCACCUAUAGAGUGCCAGUGCUCUCCCUUUGACGAGUAAAAUCACCUAGCAUUAGACAGAGUUAAAUGAUAAAGUAGGGAACAUUGGGGCUUAAUGUAACUUAAUGGAACAAGUGUAUAUCCACACAUUCCCCAAUAAUAUUGUCCAAUACAGCUGUAGUAGAAGCAACAGGCAAGGUAUAAUCAAUAAAAUAAUCAAUCAAUCAAGCAAUUUUUUAAACAUUUAUUAAAUAAGCACUUAAACAUUCAUUUCAGUCGCUGUUUAAUACUUAUAUAUUUAGCGUAGUUAACUUUCUCAACUUAAUCUAUUCAUUACAAGUCUGUAUUGUUCCAAGUGUCCUCUUUGAAGAAGCAUAACUUUCUUGAAUUCUCUUGAUAUUUCACACACGAGAAUUCCAGCGCAGCUCCAUUGUUCUGUAAGUGUAAAGAUAAAACUCUUAUUCCAAAUGUAAGGUCCAAUGUUGCAAGAAUUCUACAAUAAGCUGCGAUGGUUCUAGUUGAAACGACUAGUCAUUGAAAAGGUAAUUUAAUCUUCGCUCCCUGGGUGGCCGUAUUAUAAAGAUUGUGUUCUCAAAGAAAAUAUUUGAGUAUUUUAUUAGGGCAUAGGAAACUGUAAGAAGAGGUUCAUCACUCCAUCUGUAUAAAAUCCUCAAGUCAAAUCCAAGCCCAAGUCCUUUAAUAUCCGAAUCCAAGUUAUGUUCGAGUCAUUAUCAGUCAUACCCACAAGUCCAGACUCGCGUACUAAAUCCAACACUGGCUCAAACCUCGUCUACUAUUUUCUUUCAACAACACACCAAAUUUUAUACGAGGCUGUGUUUGGUAAAUGUUUAAUAAUAAUAAUAAUAAUUUUAUUUCUGUGUUGGUGUAGUGUACUCAGGUGAAUAUGAUAUUUGUGGUGUUACUCUGAGUGUAUGGGCUAGUAUUCCAAAGGUCGUAGGUUCGAAUCCCACCGUGGCCGGGCAUAUUUUUCAAGCUCGCCCGGUGUGGAUAUACACUCAGAGUAACACCACAAAUAUCAAAUGUUGAAUAAGUUGCCAUGGUUUGUUUCUGAACCGCCUGAAAAGAUUCAAAAUUUCAGUGUUACAAGCGAAGGCUUUUUGUCGGGAUGAAAGUAAUAUCGAUGUUGUAGAAAACUACCUGCACUGGACACCCACGUUUGAAAUGUUAAAUAAACUGGUUCGAACAAAUAGAACUAUUCUGUCCUACUUAGAAAAUUUUGCUUUCGCAACGGCUGCUAUGCAACUAUAAUAUUUACAUCCCACAUCAAGAUAUUCGAACAAUUCAAGUAUCUUUCCUCGCAUUCCGAAGGAUCACGCCUCUAACAUAUACAAAGCGCCUUUCUCGAGAGCAUCGGCCAAUAAGGUAGAGAUGCUUUUGUGGGAUACAAAGUGUUUGCAUGUGACGUUAUCGCCGCCAUAUUGGUGUUCCAGAACAAAAUAAUUUUGAUUAGAUACUUUUGUCAGAUACACUCACUGGGUACACCAAUAUGGUCGCCAUCUUCCUUGUUGUCUUGUUCUUCAGGGACUGAGUGAAAACCCUCUAUAGCUACCGUCAUCACUAUUCGAAACAUCGUAAUAUGCCACACUUAUCUAUCUUCCAGUAAAUAUGAACUAUCUAAGUUUCUGUCAUCACAGUAGGAAUUUUGCAUACUUAAAUUCUAAGUUUUGAAGGAUUUGUAAGAAAUGUUUAAGGGAACUGAUUUAGUGUUCAACACCGAGCAGUUCCCUCAAACAUUUCUUAAAAAGCCUUUAAAACUUAGGAUUUACCCAUGCAAAAUUCCUACUGUGAUCACACAAAUUUUGAUAGUGUAAACCUUCCCUAAGAUCACCCCCUGAUGGGGACAACUAGACUGGAGUGUUGAGACGUUACAGUAGGUAGUUAAUGUAAUUUGUUCGAAGAUUACACAUUCAUUUACUUAAACCGGAGUACAGCAAAACAUGUCUAAUAUUAUACCUGCAUGGUUGCUAUGAACUUUAUAUUUAAAUAUUUCAUAAAUAUGGUGAUAUUUAUAUGUUUAAUAAAUAUUUCAAGUGCCCAUCGAGUCGGAAAGCUGGCAAGUGGCAACGCAUGUUUUCCAAUGACUGUAUUCAUGCCUAACUUGCCAAUAUGUUUGGACGAAAUCAAUUAGUUGCUGAAGAUAAACAUAAUUGCUGAUAGAUAAAUACUAAUUUGUGGUUUUUAUGUAAACCACAGAUGUAAAUAGUGGCUAGUAUGACCUUGCCUUUGUAGCGUGUGUGUUUUUAGGUAUGAUGUACCAAAAUACUCAAACUAAAUAUCAACUGCCCACCCAUUUACGAUGGGAAAAUAAAUGAUAAAAUUUGGUACGAAAUUUUAUUUCAUUCGCACUCGUCAGCGAAACUCUGUUGGAUAUUUUGGAUGACUCAAUGCGUUAAUAGCUUUAAUGGCCAGUAUAGGACUUACCUUGAAUGUGACUGAUAGGUCUUUCAAAGUGAAUGAAAAUCAUCGUGUCAUCAUUAGAUUUCCUCAAUAAAUUCCCUGUAUAGACAUCAGGGUUGUUAUUGAUUCCGUUGAUGCACAUCUAUUUCUGUGAAAGAAAAGAGAAUUCCCCUGAUUAUAUUCCCUUAUCUUCCUGUCCUAAAGAGGAUCAUAUUAUCUAAGCCGUUUCGUAUUCUUCUGUCCUCCUAAAGUUCGACAAUUACCUUCGUCAACAGCAUCAUCACUAUCAUCUUCUCCAUCUUGUCAGGACCUUUCUGGCUAUUACUUUCCUGAACUAAUCAUAUCUCCAAUUUCCAGUAUCUUUCUCAAUUUGAUUGAUGUACGUCUUUCCAAGUCGUCUUCUCUUACCGUGUGCUGGUUCCCAAAGAAUCAUUUGCCAUUGAUGUUGUACAUCUUAUUCUUCCACCAUCGAAAAGAAUAUUUCCACUAAAUUUUUCUGGGGGAAAUUAUUAAUCUUACCGAGUUCCAUCCCCAACGGAAGAAGAUAGCAUUUUCCAUCUUUCGUCUUGAUAAAGUUCUUACACCAUUUACCUUCAAACAGUAUAGUUGACAUCGUGUCUGUUCUUCUCUAUGUUUCAUCGUGAAAAACAGGACUUGCACGGACUCUGCUUUUGUUGGUAAGUUCUUAGCAUUUGAAAAGAAAAUACUUGGCUCCUCUCGCUUAUUUACUGUUUCUUUAUUUCGCUGCAGAAGUUCAUCUGUCAACAAAGUUAAUUCCCGUGGACAGCUCACACCAGAGAAAUCUUGUCUUUUAGCACGAAAAACAUCACUCUUUUCCAUUCAUUCGUCUUCAUGAAAACUGUCGAGUUUCUGUUAACACAAACGCAUACACUAGCUAUAACGUUGCACCUGUUUCAUAGCUUAGAUAAUUAUGCAUAACGAUAUUAACAUUGCGGUUAAGUACCAAAACAACUUGUGAAAAUAUGGUUUUGUUCCGCAUGACCGGCACGUUGUUUUGUUCUGAGUUAUAAGAAUAUGAUAGGAUGAACGUCGGUUGUUUAGUUUGUUUGGGCGUGUGGGUGGAUGGAAUAUGAUAGCAACGGUUUUAACGGAGAUCCCACGUUCAGCCUAGCAAAAGCGCCAAGGCAGAGAGAGGCUAUAUUUAAUACAACAGAAGUAAAAUAAUCGCACUGUUUAGAAACCAAUAUUGGUUUCGAAAAACAACAAAAACUAGAAGACACUUGGUGCAUAAAACUCCACCAGGAAUUCAGUUAUGUAUCAUGCAUAAAUUAUAUAAUGGUUAAUUACGUAUUCAGUUUACUCUGCCCGAUCUUCUCUUCGUUAUUUCUCAUCCAAAUUUAACCAAAAUUUAAUCAAUUUGUCCUUGGGCAAUGUCCUUUGGUCCGACAAAUUCUCGUAUGAAUACGUUUGAUCAAGGAAACAACAUACGCUGUCGUGAUCUGAUUAUCUGAACAACCUGAAGUACACUGGAAAUACCUUGACGUUUGAAACGUCAAAAUUCCUUCGAAGUGCAGUUCUUCAGGAAGUUAGUUGCAGAUACUAAACCUAAAGAAAGGUCUUUGCUCGAAGCAACGUCGAAAUGUUUUCAAUCCUUUUCAUGUAAUUCAAGUUCACCAACUCCUUAUCUACGGCAGAUUAUUCUAGAAUGGUGAAAUGGAUAACAUUGCUCUUGCAACAAAAUUUGUGGGGAAACAUUUUUGCUUUCCAAAACGAGUUCCCGCAACAAAUUUCUACAACCUUUUCCUAGUUUGCUCAGGUAUUUACACUUUCUGCAUACCUUACUUAUUAACAGUGUUAUUAUCUAUCUUGCUAGGCCUGUGAGAUGGGGUGAUCAAGAUAGUUUAUGGCCAGUCAAUCCGUCAGCUUUGACGGCAGAACCAUCCACAAGGACAACAGAACUAGCAGAACCAAAGAAAGAUCAUCAGGCACCAGAAAAUGCACCAAGGUAGAAUGAAUGCUUUUGACCCUUGAUAAUGUUGUUUUUGCUAUUGUAUUUCCAUACCCAUCCACUACCCACUACCAAAGGUAUAACGGUAGUCGAAGUCAAAGUGACACAAGUUACAAAACCAUCAGACCAAACUAUCAGGGACAGUUGUAUCGGGUAGUUGACAAGUAGUUAAGAUUAAGAGUCCCCUGACAAACUAGGUUUUUUCAAACCAUUACCUUUAGACCAAUGUACGUGAUGGACCUUGAAUCUGGAGUAUGGGAAGUUAGUCCGGCAGCUAUGAAUGCUGUAGCUUCAAGACGUGUCACAGAACUUUCAAAACCCAAACCAAGUCCAGAUGGUUUCACAGAGCAAAAGUAAGUAUUGACUAUUAAGAUCAAGUUUAAACAUCGAACUUCUCAUGUGCCGUAGUGCAAACGAGCCCAAACAAUGCGUUUCGGCACAUAUUCAAUGUUAAUGCUUAGUUAAAAAUUCGUGUCAAUUUCUCUAAUAUUCUUUCUGCGUUGUCAGACGGGUGGAUGGCACUGGCAGAUCGUCUCCAAUAUGGGAGGUGAGCGAGGCGGCGAGGAAUGCCGAAGAGCGUCCGAGAACAAACGAGUUAGCAAGAUCCAAGAAGGCACACGGGCAAUAUGAACCCCCGAAACCUCUACCUACCCCAGUGAGUGCGAAUGCAAAACGAGCCCGAGCAUCGCCAAGAAUAGAUCAACUAUCUCGACCCAAAUCUAGGAAAGACGCAGAAAUGCGAGAUCCACAAUGGGCGGUAUCUAAAGCUGCUACGAAAGCUGUUCCCAGACAGAGGAUAUUAGAACUGGCUCAAGCCAAACAACCCGCAAGUGGGUAUAGGGAACCUUUACGACCCGAUAGGCCUGUUUCGAGGCCCGCGCUUAGAAGUGCUCCAACCGAAAGGAUCCAAAUGUUAGCACGACCUGUCACACGAGGAGCUACCAUAGGCUAG